GCAAGCGAGCGAGCGAGCGAGAAAACCGGAAGUGUGUCACAGUCAGAGUAGCCAUGGCUGAGCUUAUCCUACUAGUCGGAGUUUUCGUAGGCGUUUAUUUUUUAAUUCGCAACAUUGUUGCAGGAAAGAGAUGUAAGAGCAAAGUGGAGCUGCACGGGAAAACCGUUAUCGUUACCGGUAGUAACACAGGGAUCGGAAGAGAGACAGCUGUAGAUUUGGCCCGGAGAGGAGCUCGUGUUAUUCUCGCCUGCCGCAGCGUAGUACGUGGUGAAGCGGCUCUUGCUAUCGUCAAAAGAGAAAGCAAAAGCAGUAACGUGGUGUUCAUGCAGCUGGAUCUGGCCAGUCUGGAGUCUGUUCGCUCUUUUGCUGAAACAUUCCUUAAAACAGAGAAAAGACUGGACAUUCUUAUCAACAAUGCAGGGAUUUUCUUGCAGGGCACUACAGAGGAUGGUCUUGGGUUAAUGUUUGGAGUCAAUCAUAUCGGCCACUUCCUCCUGACCAAUCUCUUACUGGACAGACUCAAAGAUUGUGCACCAAGCAGAGUUGUUACUGUAUCAUCAGCGCUUCAUGAUUAUGGGAACCUUGACUUUAACCUCCUCAGUGCUCAUAAGGAAUUUGGAACAGGCAACUCUUUAAUGAAUGUCAUGAGGAUAUAUAGCAACAGUAAGCUGUGCAACGUGCUGUUCACACAUGAGCUUGCAAAGAGGCUUCAAGGAACUGGGGUCACUUGCUACAGCCUCCAUCCAGGUGCUAUCAAUUCCGAGUUGGGUCGCUAUGGUCAGCCAUUUAUGAGGAAGGUAGCAAAAGUCAUUGGAGCCUUGUUCUUUAAAGAUGUGGAGUCCGGUGCCCAGACUACUCUAUACUGUGCACUGCAGGAGGGUAUUGAAGGCCUGAGUGGUCAGUAUUUCUCCAACUGUGGACUGAAGAAAGUUCGUCCCAAGGCUCAGGAUGACGCAGUGGCAAAGAAGCUCUGGGAAGUGAGCGAGAAGUUUUGCGGCCUGGCUUGAAAUUUAAACUGGAGCUAAUUGUCAUUCUAAUGGAUCAGAGACUUUCAAAUAUUCUGUGUGGAAUACUAUUUGGAAGAGAUUCAGAUUCAUUUUUUUAGUCAAAUUAUCGUAUUUCUGGUAUGGUUUAAAUUUUGUGUAUGGAAAAAUGUCAACAGAGUUAACUACAGUAGCCAAUUAAAAAUAUAUAUGAAUAGGAUCAUA